AUGAAAUUUUUGACCUUAGUUGCUGGCUUCAGUGCCGCAUUCGCAGCUGUCUCUGCUCAAAGCAGCAACCAAUCCAUUUGUGACAAAUACACAACCGCUUUGUUGAAGGACAACAACGCCACAAACCAAAAGACAGUUUUGACCUUGGUUGUCAACACUGCUUUGAUCGGUACCUACUCAAACGCAACAGGUGCACCAAAGAACAACGUUACCGGUAUCUUGAACAACGGUACAUACGGCGGUCAACCCGUCAGCCUUCUCAAAUUCUUCGACGGUUCAUUGAAGAGCACAAACAGAAAUGGUAACCCAACCGCAGUUAACUUCUUGGACGGUGGAGGUGCUGAACCUUUGAAGAUGAACAUGCCCGCAAAUGAUUCAUCUUCCAACCAAUACACUUUGGUUACCCACUUGUACGAAUUCUUCGGUACUCUUUUGGGAUGCUCAGACCAAACACAAAACGGACCAUUCAUGACUUACCAAGGUGUUCAAUCCAUGUCUCAAGUCCAUCGUUUCAUGAACUUGGACGAAACUGAAAUGAACUACUUUAUCGAACAAGUUGGUAUGUCUGCAACUUCAUUCGGUGUCUCAGACGCAGAUGCAAUGACAGUUGGAAACAGUUUGAACAAGACUUUCAACUACAGAUGUGCACCACCAGUCGUUCUCGGCCCUGGUUUCGCAAACGUCAGUCAAUCUACAUGUCUUGCAGCUGACUGCAUGGUUUACAGCCCACCAGACUGCAACCAAAUGGGUGACAGUUACCCCAACGGUACAAACAACGCUCAACCUCAAUCUGCCGCCGCAUCAGGCUCAAGCUCAGGCAGCAGUGGUAGCGGUGGUAGCGGUAUGAGCGGUAAGGAUGGUUCUUCAUCUUUGAUCGUCAACUUCGUUGGUGCUUUGGCUUUGGCUGCUGCCGGUGCCAUUGCUGUUAGCUUGUAAACUCAGUUGACUGCAACGUAAACACCCUUUUUUCAUUAUCAAUCAUCAAUCAAUAAUCCCUUUUGCCUUAUCUAUUUCAUCUUCCAUUCAUCGUGACAUCAUUUGUCAUGGUGACAAUCCCCAUUCACUUGCAAGCAUAGUGACCUGUACUCACACCUCCAGAUACCACAUAGCUUGAAUUUGAUACUCCUUACCGAACAACAA